UCGGCUCGCUUCGUGUACCUCGCUGGGUAUGUCUCGGGGCCCUUCUACGCCGUGAAAGGGGUUAUGGCUGGGUGCAGUUUCGCUACCUCGUUUGUAAGAGUAUACACUAUCGAGGCGUUUACCAAUCUCGUGUAUCCUAGCAAUGUAUCGUUCGACCAGCACAUCGACGAUAGCGCUGUGUCUGCUGUUGGAUCGGUCUCAGAAGUGCCGCAUGGUCUCAAGAGUGCCAGUGCUCAGCUGUUUCAAGCUAUCACGCACGAUUGCGGCUGCAAGACUGCUGUCGACAAGGCCGCACUUGUUAGCUCCAGUCAUGCGGUCACUAGGGCUAUGCGCAGUUUCCUGGGGCCUUAUGCUGGCACGGAGACCGACAGCGCG